AUGGAUUCAGAGCCUGGUACCACAGCGACAGCUGACACCAUGGUCCCUGGAAGUCAGUGCCAGAAGCCUGACACCACAGUCCCUGAAAGUCAGUGCAAGGCUGAGGAGGAGGAGGAGGAGGAGGGGGAGGAGGGAUCCGGAAACCAUACGCUCCCAGACCCAGACUCAGUCCUGGUGUGGGCCCCCAGCGGGAGACGGCUGCUCUCUGGGCUCCUGGGCCUCAACGUUGUCCUCCUUGGGGCAGCUCUGGUGUCUGGCCAGGCCUUCAACCCUCAGGUAAAAAAAAAAAAGAAAAAGGAUGAAACAAGGCCAGCACUCACUUAGAUCAAAUGUGCAAUUAAGCUUUGUUUUUAAUUCUCGCUAAUGAACUCAUAGCAACAUGUCCUCAUAGACUGUGCACUGGCAUACUGUACAUUUCAGCUUGAGCAUUCCUCUUUGUAUGUGUGGUGCCUUUUACUGAGACUUCAACCUUCAGGGCCUCAGGCACCAGGAGCCCCAGAUCUUCAUGUUGCUGCUGAUGGGUCUCAGCCUUGUCUGGAUGCUGUGGUACCUUCUCUGGGCCAGGAGGAAACCUGGGAUAUGUCCCCCAUAAAGACCACCAUGCUGGGGGAAUCACCGUCACAGGUAGGCCCUCUUGGAUUAUUAUUGGGCUAUAAAUUGUACAUUUACAUUUACAUUUGAGUCAUUUAGCAGACGCUCUUAUCCAGAGCGACUUACAGUUAGCGCAUACAUUAUUUUAUCGAACCCACAACCCUGGCGUUGCAAACGCCAUGCUCUACCAACUGAGCUACAUCCCCUGCCGGCCAUUCCCUCCCCUACCCUGGACGACGCUGGGCCAAUUGUGCCUUCUUAUAUUAUACUUAUGACAAAAUGUUUACUUUAUUCUACUGAGACAGUUACUUUAUGUUCGUAUUCUAGUCUUUUCUUAUUUCUUAUUGUUGUUGCAUUGUCCAGAAGCAACCUGCAAGUAAGCGUUUUGUUGGACGGUGUAUACCAUGUGUAUCCUGUACAUACGACUCAUAAAACUUGAAACUCGAAACUUGGAGCUAUGUUUAUGGUACUUAUGAGCUUAUUGUUACUUUAGUGUUUAUUGGAAUAGACCUAUACAGACACAUGUCAUGCAUUAUGACAUUUAGGCUACUUAUUUAGUAUUUAUUUGAAUAGGAAAUUGGGGAAAAUUGCAGAGGCGCAACUUUCAUUGGCGACAGGGGGGAGGACAUGUCCCACCCACAUUCUGAAAUAAAUAAAAAAUAAUAUAUAUAUAUAUAUAUAUAUAAUUAUGUUCCCACCACUUCUAAAACCAAAGUUGCGCCCCUGAUAGAUGUAUAGAUGUGAGCUUGUGUGUACACCCCUUAUUGGAUUCUACCAGUAUGCAAAGGGACAGAUACAAACACAUUGAUGUAUAGCUAUACUAAUUGUAUUACUUGUGUAGCAGAGUAAGAACAUAUAUCCUGUUUAUUUGUGAACUUCGCCAAAAAUAGUUUAGCAAGUAUUGAAUUCAUGUUAUUGAGUUCAUGUUUCAAUAUGUCUUAUAGUUUCAUUGAUUGCUAGUGACAUUGUUGCAUUCAUCCCUACUUGACUGACAUCAUGUUGUUAGUUGACGGUAUCACACUUCCUUUUUUUCUCUCAAAGUAAGUAAAGCUAUUCAAGAAUUGACUACAUUUUUAUUUCCAAAAAUGCACUCAACAAUUUACUGGAUUCAAAAAUUCAUGAUAUAGUGAUAUCGGAUCAUUCUCCGGUAUCAUGUUUAAUUACACCAAUAGAAAAUACACUUAGUGACAGAGUUUGGAGAAUGAAAAGAGCGCAUCAUCUGGACCCGAAAUGAAUUAAAUACAUAAACGAAAAAAUACAAACCUUUACCAUUACAAAUGUAGACAUACAGUGCCUUGCAAAAGUAUUCAUCUCCCUUGGCGUUUUUCCUAUUUUGUUGCAUUACAACCUGCAAUUCAAAUGGAUUUUUGUUUGGAAUUUCAUGUAAUGGACAUACACAAAAUAGUCCAAAUUGGUGAAGUGAAAUGAAAAAUAUAACUUGUUUCAAAAAAUUCUAGAAAAUAAAUAACAGAAAAGUGGUGCGUGGUAUCUGUAUUCACCCCCUUUGCUAUGAAGCCCCUAAAUAAGAUCUGGUGCAACCAAUUACCUUCAGAAGUCACAUAAUUAGUUAAAUAAAGUCCACCUGUGUGCAAUCUAAGUGUCACAUGAUCUGUCACAUGAUCUCAGUAUAUAUACACCUGUUCUGAAAGGCCCCAGAGUCUGCAACACCACUAAGCAAGGGGCACCACCAAGCAAGCGGCACCAUGAAGACCAAAGAGCUCUCCAAACAGGUCAGGGACAAAGUUGUGGAGAAGUACAGGUCAGGGUUGGGUUAUAAAAAAAUAUCUGAAACUUUGAACAUCCCACAGAGCACCAUUAAAUCCAUUAUUAAAAAAUUUAAAGAAUAUGGCACCACAACAAACCUGCCAAGAGAGGCCCACCCACCAAAACUCACGGACCAGGCAAGGAGGGCAUUAAUCAGAGAGGCAACAAAGAGACCAAGGAUAACCCUGAAGGAGCUGCAAAGCUCCACAGCGGAGAUUGGAGGAUCUGUCCAUAGGACCACUUUAAGCCGUACACUCCACAGAGCUGGGAUUUACGGAAGAGUGGCCAGAAAAAAGCCAUUGCUUAAAGAAAAAAAUAAGCAAACGUUUGGUGUUCGCCAAAAGGCAUAUGGGAGACUCCCCAAACAUAUGGAAGAAGGUACUCUGGUCAGAUGAAACUAAAAUUGAGCUUUUUGGCCAACAAAGGAAAACGCUAUGUCUGGCGGCAAACCCAACACCUCUCAUCACCCCGAGAACACCAUCCCCACAGUGAAGCAUGGUGGUGGCAGCAUCAUGCUGUGGGGAUGUUUUUCAUCGGCAGGGACUGGGAAACUGGUCAGAAUUGAAGGAAUGAUGAAUGGCACUAAAUACAGGGAAAUUCUUGAGGGAAACCUGUUUCAGUCUUCCAGAGAUUUGAGACUGGGACGGAGGUUCACCUUCCAGCAGGACAAUGACCCUAAGCAUACUGCUAAAGCAACAUUUUAGUGGUUUAAGGGGAAACAUUUAAAUGUCUUGGAAUGGCCUCAUCCAAUUGAGAAUCUGUGGCAUGACUUAAAGAUUGCUGAACCCAUCCAACUUGAAGGAGCUGGAGCAGUUUUGCCUUGAAGAAUGGCCAAAAUCCCAGUGACUAGAUGUGCCAAGCUUAUAGAGACAUACCCCAAGAGACUUAUAGCUGUAAUUGCUGCAAAAGGUGGCUCUACAAAGUAUUGACUUUGUGAAUAGUUACGCACGCUCAAGUUUUCUAUUUGUUUUGUCUUAUUUGUUAUUUGUUUCACAAGAAAAAAAUAUUUUGCAUCUUCAAAGUGGUAGGCAUGUUGUGUAAAUCAAAUUAUACAAACCCCCCCAAAAAUCUAUUUUAAUUCCAGGUUGUAAGGCAACAAAAUAGGAAACAUGCCAAGGGGGGUGAAUACUUUCGCAAAUCACUGUAGAGGACAGAGUAAAGCCGACUCCCAGUAUAAUUUGGGAUGCCUUUAAGGCAUAAAUUAUGGGGAUGAUAAUCUCAUACUCUGCAAAAGUUCAAUAUGAUUUAGAAAUUAAAAUGAAAGAAAAAAGACAAGGAAAUCACCUAUUUUAGAAAAAGCCCAUAAAAAAUAUUUUCAGAAAACUAAAAAAAUCUCAGGAUAUAAAAUGAAUGUGGAAAAAAUAAACGACAUAAUGGCAAUAGGAAAAAAUAAAAAAUAAGUAUUGAUCUACAGCAAUCCUUUAAGUCGACCACAAAAAAUAUUAAAUACUUAGGAUGCUUAAUACAGUGACAACAAACAACAAUAUAUAUAUUGAUACCUUUAUUCUAUUAGUCAACAAUAUGAAAGCAGAUCUAAUUAAAUUGAAUAAUCUACCCAUAAAUCUUACAGGUAGAAUAAAACUCUUUAGAAUGGCAUGGCUGCCAAAAUGUUUGUAUUUAUUUUCAGAAAAUACCAAUUACCCCACCAAAAGACAUUCUUAAAAAAUAUAUACUCAGUCAUAGCAGACUUCAGUGGUGGAAAAAGUACUCAAUUGUCAUACUUGAGUAAAAGUAACGAUACCUUAAUAGAAAAUUACUCAAGUAAAAGUCACCAAGUAAAAUACUACUUGAGUAAAAGUCUAAAAGUAUCUGGUUCUAAAUGUACUUAAGUACAGUGGUGGAAAAAGUACCCAAAAGCCAUACUUGAGUAAAAGUAACGAUACCUUACUGGAAAAUGACUCAAGUAAAAGUGAAAGUCACCCAUUAGAAUACUACUUGAGUAAAAGUCUUAAAGUACCUGAUAUUAAAUAGCCGUAAGGUAAAUGUACUUAAGUAUCAAAAGUAAAAGUAUGAAACGUAAGAGCUGUAAAUCUAAAACAGCCAGACCUUUUAUUUGGUUUGAGCUUUUCUGAAAGGUAACAGUCUUACGGAUACAAGAAGAGCUCAGAUAAAAAAAGAAUGUGGAUUCUCAAAUAGGCAACACUUCAAAAUACAUCUCUUACGGACAAAAUAUAAUUAUGCCUUAAUGAUGAAGGAAAAUAGCCAGCAAACAUAAGCACUUACAAUCACAGUCACUUUGCUUCAGAAAAAACAUCCUAUAAUAGAACCCUAUACAUAAAAAAAAAUUGGGGAUGAGUUUAUCAAAAGUACAUGUACAGAACUGCACACAACGUCACUGUAGGAAUAUGAGGACAUCACCACUGAUAGAACUGUAUUAGAAAUCAGUGUGUCAGGUCAUGUCUUUGUAACAAGGACACCUAGAACUUGUGAAUUUUAAACAUAAAUUAACAAAACGCAUAAGGCAUCCGUGUCCUUGGGCUUGCUAGCGUUAAACUGUCAUUACUUGAAGUUUAAGAAUUUACGGUUCAUCUUCGGUAAAAGCUGGUUUUCAAAGUUUCUGGAAUCCAGCCUUGCUCUCCUGGGGCUGAAAACAAGUCCUGCAAUGCUGAACAGCCUUUCACAUGCAGCUGAUGCAGGUAAGGGUGUGUUUAGCCUCAGACAGCUUACAGACUGCCGGGAAGGACUUGAGCAACUCCAUAUGAUCAGCUGAACAGGCCAGGUAUCCGUCCAGCUGUUUGGAGCUUUCUAGUGCUUGAGACGUCUUCAUGGCAGAGAAGAAGUCCUCCUCAUCUGAUGAACUGGUGCCAUCACCUAGCUGCAGCAAGGGUUCUUCCAGGUGGUCCUUGAUGUAGUCCAUUCCUGAAAUACUAGGAAGAUGACAAUAGAAAUCAGGCCGUUAUGAGCCUACAUUGAUCUGUCCCCAUCUAUAUAAACCAAGCAACAGGGCUAAGUAGGCUACCCAUUGGACUGAACCACAAAGUCAGGAUUGUAGUUUAUAUGGGUGGUUCUCAAAUCUAUGAAGUGUCAAAAUGUACACUAUACACAGCUGUUUAUGAAUAAUAAAAUACUGUUAAUUAACCACGUUGUCUUACCCAUUCUGAUGGUGGUGUCAUCCUUUGUCCCCGUUGUUUUGAACUUGGGGAGAAGGAUUGCAGCUGCGAUCAGCUCAGGGUCGUGAAACGUGUGGCUGAAGCGCUUCUUCAGUCCCAGUUGUAGCGCAUCCACCAGAGGCUUACAGUACUUCAGGGACAACUUGAUUCGGUCAAGUUUUGUGAUCAGCAGGUUGAUAGUUGGAAGUAGCCACCCCAUCUGGACAUUGGUUUCAGCCUGCAGGAUGUUGAUGGCCUUUGCUACUGGGCUCAUGGUGGCAGCAUACUCUGUGAGGAAGGAGAGUUCAGCUGGAUUGAACCUAUGAAAAAAAUAAAUAAUAAUAAUAAUAAUACUGUUUCCUAACCCUAUACAAAGGGGAACACUAACUAUUUCACCUGAUUUAACAGUAAUAAAUGGCUGGAUGAGUAGUUGACUAAAUGGAUCAAUGAUAGUGUAUGGCUACAACAUGUGAAACAGUUAUUAGUCCCCAAGCAAAGGGUCAGGAAACACUGCAACAGAUUUAGACAACAUUCAAGACAUUAAAUUGACAAAAUAAUACAUAAACCUUACUUGCAUUGGAACCUCGAAGUCUCUGCAGAGAACUCUGACGGCCGCCUCUCCUUUGUCUCUGACGAUCCUCAGGAGUCUUUCUACAGCCAUGAACCAGGAGUUCCACCUUGUAGCAGUCGGGCGCAGCAGCUGGAGGUCGCAAGCAUCUUCAACCGUUUUGUCUGCAAGUGUGGAUCUUCCGUAUUUGUUCCAAAGUGCUUGGCACUUGCCAAAUGUUGAACGGGACACUUUUUUAUAAGCCUCACUGGAUGUUGCUUUCAGGGCAUCGACUGUAGGUACUAAGUUGAGUAGGUGACAAGCACAGCACUGGUGCUUCGGCAGCUGGUACUCAAAAUCAUCAUCUUCAUUCAGGAUGGUUGAAACAUCAACAAACUCCACUUCUUCACUCUCCUCUUGUUCCUCAUCACCAUCUUCCUGUCCUGGCUGAGCUGCUUCACCACCCACUGUGUCCACUGCCUCGUUGGCUGAGCUGCUUCACCACCCACUGCAUCCACUGCCUCGUUGGCUGAGCUGCUUCACCACCCACUGCUUCCACUGCCUCGUUGGCUGAGCUGCUCCACCACCCACUGCUUCCACUGCCUCGUUGGCUGAGCUGCUUCACCACUCACUGCUUCCACUGCCUCGUUGGCUGAGCUGCUUCACCACCCACUGCUUCCACUGCCUCGUUGGCUGAGCUGCUUCACCACCCACUGCUUCCACUGCCUCGUUGGCUGAGAUGCUUCACCACCCACUGCUUCCACUGCCUCGUUGUUUUCAUCUUCUCCAAAAACUUGGAAAGCUUUCAAGAAGUUAGAGCCGUUGUCUGUUGCUGUUCUCACAAUCUUACCACAGAUUUCAAACUCAGAAUGGAUGUCAUUUAGGGCGCCUGCCAACACAUCAAAGGUGUGCGAUCCUCUCAACCGUUUACAGGCCAGGGCUGCAGACCAUCUGUUGAGACUGUCAGGGUCUAUCCAGUGGGCUGUAACACCAAUGAAGCUCCGUCUUCUUGCAGACCAGCAGUCGGUGGUGGUGGCGAUGUGGUCAACUCCUCUCAUGGCCUCGGUCACCUUCUUCUUCAUUUCCGUGGAGGCUUCAUCAAUCCUGGAGCACAGUGUGGGCCAUGAUAAGAUAUUUGAGUUAGGCUGCAGAUCCUGGACAAACUCUCUGAACGGUUCUUGUUCUACAACAGCGAAUGGUUGGAGCCCUUGGACCACAUACUUCACCACAGCUUUGUCGAUGGAUUUUUGAGACACUGUCUUCAGUAAUGUGCUCUGCUUGAUGGUGGAGGGAGUAUUAGGGUCAUGUUUUCUCUUCAGUGUGUUUGCCUUCAGUUCUCCAUACUUCUUAAGAUGGUGUACAUGCUUUCUCUUCAGUUCUCCAUACUUCUUAAGAUGGUGUAAAUGCUUUCUCUUCAGUUCUCCAUACUUCUUAAGAUGCUUUCUCUGAAAUAAGCAGAAAAGGGAAAGAGAAAGACUGUUACUUAGCAAAUUAACUACCAUCACCAAAUACUUAAGGUAUAGGAUCCUAAUUUUAAAGCUAUAAACAACAUUAGUUAAGUGAGAGUUUGUGACCACCAUUUAAUAUUACAAUGAGAAAAAACUGUUAAUUGAUCUAGCUAAUUGAUCAACUAACAUGAGGAAUAAAAUGGCUAACUAACACCCGAAAGCUAACAUUAGUUCGCUAGCUAGCUUGAAAAGGUAUUUGGCUAGACUGACUUUAGCUGACAAAAAUGUGCCCAGAUUCGGAAACUACUAAUUUAGUUAACUAGCUUGUUAACAAGCUAGCUAGUUAGCUCGUGUCAGUUUAGUUAGAUUGCGUUAGCUAACAAAGCUUCCAAAUCUGGGCACAUUUUAGCCAGCUAAAGUAGCUAGCUAUUAGCUAGUGAACUAUUUAGGUAUAUAGGAUAAGCUAGCAACUAACACUGCUUGUUGCAUUGGCAAAUGUGGGCUAGCUAGGUUAGCUAAUGUUAGCCAGCAUGCUAAUUAGCAUGCUAACGUUAUUCUAGCUAGCAAGCUAACAGUAGGCUUACCUCAAUGUGUUUUUUUAGGUUCGAAGGCGAGUUCUUAAACGCUAGUAUUUCCUGAACUUUUGGUAAACAUAACAGACAUUUCAUCCGGUAGGAUGAUUCCUUCAUUCCGAUAAAAUAUUUCAUUUAUUUUAGAUACAGCAAAGGGUGUUCAUCCUUAUCAGGAGGUGGUGGUAGUAGAGCGAUGACGGACAUGAUUGGGCAGGGUGCUACUGAGUGGAUGACUGUUUCGCCAGUGACAGGCUCACGGUGGUUGGGGUUCGCACUAUAGGACCCUUGGAUUUGCCCAAACUGAUGAGGAUUGGAUCAACUCUGCAUGUCGUCGCCUGCUGCAUUGCAAAACAAGUUCACCCAUGAGUGUGCCGACUCGCGGUUGUUGCUUGCAUCUUUUUUCCAACAUCAUUGGUUUUUUAUCUUCCAGCUUCAGAUCGAAGGUGUCAGUGGAAAUGUAUCGGAGUAAAAUUAGACUUUUUAUUAUUUUUUAUGUAGUGAAGUAAAAUUAAAGUGACAGAAAUAUAAAUAGUAAAGUGCAUAUACCCCAAAAAAAUACUUAAGUACAGUAACGGAAGUAUUUCUACUUCGUUACUUUACACAACUGGCAGACUUUAUAUGGGCAAAUAAAAUUCAUAGAAUAAAAAGGAACGUUUUACAUCUUCCUAAGUCUGAGGGUGGUUUUAACCUUCCAGACUUGGAAUUGUAUCAACUGGCCACCCAAGGCUUUUACUUGCCACAUAUAGAAUAUGUGCAUGCUCAUCCCCAGAAUAUUUUUACAUGUCUAUUUUCAAAGGAUAAAGCUAAGAACAUUAACAACUUCAUAGUUAAGAACAUAAAAAAAGAACCUUAUGGAACAAUCCUUGGAUAGCUUUUCAGAAUUCACCGAUAAAUUGAUCCACGUGGAAAACUAAAGGUAUAGAAACUAUACAUUACUUUGUAACAGGAAAUAAAUGUAUUUCCAUUACAUAAUUAACAAGUAAUUUUGGAUUGACCAAUGUAGAUAGUUUCAAAUACAUGCAACUUAAAAGUUACAUAUCAGGAAAUUUCGAUUUUAAAUAUUUUGGACAUCAGAGCAACCUUGAGGUAAUUGUAUUUGAGUGAUAAAAGGAUGUUCAUAUGAUAGGGAAGAUAUACAAAAUCUUGCAGAGAGCAUAUCCAACUGACAAUCUCUUAAAAAUAUUAAUAAACUAUUUGAACCAAUAUUUAAAAAGAACUGAUAUUGGCAGAAGAUGGAGGGAAAGUUGGAGCAUAACUAACAACAUUACAGUUAACUAAAAUGUACACUUAAUCCAGUAUAAACUAACGUAAAUAAUUUAUUAUACAAGAGACAAAUGUCACAAAUUCUACAGCACAAUGACAGAGUCAAAACGACUAAUGAUUUAAUAAUCCAUGCUUUCUGGAAAUGCUAUAAAAUCCGGAAGUUGUGGGCGGCGCUGGAAAGUUGUAUUAUACUGUAAACUUACUUUUAAUACAUGUGCAUAUUUCAAGACAUGGUGUAUGGGGGUGUAGUGAGAUACCUGAUGAGUUGGACGAUUCUCUUCUCGUCACUCAUCUUCAAAAAACGUAUACUAAAAACGUGGAAAUCAAUCAAUCUGCCAUCAUUAACACAAUGGAAAAAUCGAAUGAUUUAGUAUUUAAAUAUUGAAAAUGUGUUGGCUACAGAGUGAAACAAAAUAGUGCAGUUUCAGGCCAUGUGGCGGAAAGUGAUGAGGGUGUGUGCUAGUGGGUCUGGGCAGGUGUGAUGUAGUUGAUGUUUGUAUGAUGUUGUCAUUUGUAUGUGUAUGUUUUGUAGUUUUGUAUUUGGUAGUCCCCUGUAGCUCAGUUGGCAGAGCAUGGCGCUUGCAACACCAGGGUUGUGGGUUCGUUUCCCGGGGGGGCAUUAUGAAAAAUGUAUGCACUCACUAACUGUAAGUCGCUCUGGAUAAGAACGUCUGCUAAAUGACUAAAAUGUAAAAAAUGUAUUGUUUAUAAAAUAUUUAAAAACAGCAACAUAUUAUUAUAUAAAUAUUGUCUGUCAUCCCAGAAUAAAAUACUUGCAUGAGCUCCAUUAUCAUCAUGUCCGUGCCUGCUGAUUGAUUGCCUUGGUUAGGAGUCAGAACCAGAAGGUUACACUUGCACUGAUUUCCAACAUCCGUCCCUAAAUGCAUUAUAGUGGUUGAAUGCAGGGUGGGUCGUUGUAAUUCAAUAGGGACGAUCAGUUCAAUGAGUAUAGCUUCUAUAUUGUGACAGUUUGUAGUUAGUCAUUCUAUCAGAUAUCUAUGCAUUAUUUUAAAUGCUUUAUCGAAAGACGUCUCAAAUGGCAUCCUGUUCCCAUAUAGGGCUCUGAUCAAAAUGAGUGCACUAUAUAGGGAAUAGGAUACCAUGUGGAACGCACCCUAAAACUAAAACUUCUGUUUCUGGUUGACCCCUGUCUCCCUGCCAUGCCAGUGGUCCUGAUGAUGUUUGCUGCAUUCAGUCUCCUGCUGCAUGUCUUCAAGAUGGGUUACUAUGUCACCAUGAAGGAGUGUAAGCCGGUUGUUAAAGUCCUCGCCCCCUUCAUCGAGGCUCCCUUUCUUGGCCUACAGGUAGUCAUCAAUCAUUGGACUUUGUUUGCACUCAAUUUCAUUUUCCUGGGGUUUCAAUUCAUUGUUUCAUUCAUUUCAAAAUGUUUAGAAUUCAUAUUUUCACUGCAUUUUCAUUUGAUUAACCUUUAUUUAAAAACAGGUUAGUCUUAUAUCUCUUUGGUAAUAGAGGCCUGUAUUGAACCUGUAUUCUAAAGGGGUAUUGACUUGGACAAUGUCAUUUCCUUAACAUUUGAAUGAAUCUCUUUUGUAGACCUAUUUGCUCUGGGAUCACUCCAAGGACUGUAUUCACAAGCACAAGAUCAUUACCAGGUGCAUGGCUCUCAAUUUCAUUAACAAAAACAUGUAUUAUCUUCUUGUUGUUAUUAGAGAUCUAUAGUAUUUGCAUUGACUAAAGGAACCUAUAGGGACCUAUACAUUACAAAGCAAACAGGUAAUAAUGGAAUUGCUGGUGUUUGUGAAUGCUUGUUUGAGUAUAUGAUCAUAAAAAAAAGAAACCCCCUUGUUGCUUAUCGUGUGAUUUUAUGUGUGUUAUUUUUUAGCUUAUUGUUAUGUGAUUGUAUGUGUUUAUUUCAGAGCGAUCAUCCAUAUAUACGUAAAGAGCGUCUCAUUUCAGAUUGUUAUGUAAUACAUUUGAACGUGAUAUUUGUGUGUCCGUGCUCCCCCCCGCCAGGUCUGGGCUGAUGGUCAUUCUGAGUGCAGAUCUGUUGCUGUGGCUGAACGCGGUGACAGAAGACACCGUUCAUCUGGAGAUAGAGACGGAGAAGGAGGAUGCCGGCGCCACGUACGACGACGCAGAUAGCUCUGACUCCGGUAUAUACUGUAGUACAUCCUUACACAACUAAAAAACACAAUUGUGUACUCUUUUAUCACAAAGAAAGUAGUUACACUGUGCUUAUCCCCUAGUCAGACGAUUUGGAGGACCUAUGACUGAAUUAUACAUUUUUAUUAAUAAUAUCUAAUGUUAUUACUACUGUAUACUAUGAAGAAAUUAUUAAUCAACCUGUCCGAUUUCCUUUCAGCAGGGCUGAGCAAUGCAACGUUAUGCCAGUGCAGUGCAGACACAGCGUGCCUGUUCUUCCGGAAGGGUUAUGAAGUCCUGUAUCCCUUCAACUUGGAGUACUACUUGAUGGCAGGCUGCAUGCUUUAUGUGAUGUGGAAGAACGUGGGCAGGCAGAUGAGCCCUGGGUCAAUACCCCACCACGCCCAGAAGAUUACCCUACGCAUCAUCCACCAAGGUGGGAUCCUAUUCGGGCCGUUGUUCGGGGGUCUGGUUCUUAUAGCUGGGGUGGUUGUGUUCAUCCUGUAUCAAGUUUGGGUGAACCAAGGCCAGUACCGGCCCACUGCGUUUCUGAUAUUCUACGGCUACCAUCUAGCUGUGAUGCCCAUCAUGUCCCUUUGCUCCCUGGCUGGCCUGUUGGUCCAUAAGCUGGAGAGGAGGGCGGAGGAGAGGACGCAUAACCCCACCCGUAGCCUGGAUGUGGCCCUCCUGGUUGGGGCAGCCCUGGGCCAGCUGGCUCUGUCCUAUUUCUCUCUGGUGGCUGCUCUGGCUGUGGGGCCUAGCGGACCCUUGGGAAGCCUGGAUCUUUCCUACUCCCUCCUCAGCCUGUUGGAGCUCAUGCUGCAGAACGUCUACAUCAUCGGUGGCCUCCACCGACACCCCAGCCUGGCCCUCACCAAGAGGAAAGGAAAGGAGAGGAUCAGCAUAUUGAUGGCAAGUCACUCUUCUUCUUCUUCUUCUUCUUCUUCUUCUUCAAUUUGAUGGUUCAAGUAAUGUUGAGUACUCCAAUUCCCUCUGGCCAAGAUUGAUUUGCCAACUAAAUAGCUUUAUUUAAAAUAUAAAAGUGAUGAACAAGUAUGUAUUCAUCCAGCCAUCUUUAUUCAAAACGUUCUCUGCCCUUAGAUAGCGCCAUACUCACAUCAUACUGUAUCAUUACAGUCUGAACUAUAGCUACACUUGUAUCUAUAGUAACACAUUGACAAUGUCCCAAAGCAGAAGAAGACGACCAUGGAGAAAACAAAGGACAGGAAUAAAGUCGGAGGAGGUCUGUCUCUAUUGGAGAGAGGAAAAGCAGUGACAGCACCGCCUGGUGGCCAAGUCAGGGAAGGACAACAGACCUGGUACAAGAGAGUCACACAGGAGAUCUGUGCCUUCCUCAUUCUCGCUAACAUCAUGGUGAGUGACGCCGAGGCUAUGACGUCUGUCAUCUUCUAGUAUCACGUUACACAGUAUUUACCUGGUCCCAGAUCUGUUGGCGCCAUCUUGCCAACUCCUAUGCUUUCUCCUUGGAGAACAUGCAGAUCUGGGAUCAGGCUAGUAUUCACACCAUAUCCCUUUGCCAAUGUAAUGUCAUUUAAUUUGUCCCCCUAUCUUUUCUCUCUCCCACCUCCUCAGCUGUGGGUGAUCCCAGCGUUUGGAGCCCACCCCCAGUUUGAGAACGGCCUGGGGAAGCAGUUCUUUGGCUUCUCUGCCUGGUUUGUCCUGGUCAACCUGGUUCAGCCUCUGGGAGUCUUCU